UAGUAGGGCCAUCGAGCUCAUUAAGGAGGUCGACCAAAAGUUGUUUUUUCUACGAUCAGGUAUUGAAAAAAAAGAUUCACAAUCAUCGUCACCCUCUGGAGGGUGCAAACCAAAAAGAACCAUGUUCACCAUGGUAUCCAGCCAGCCUAUGUAUUAUGACCUUAAGAUGACCGGCUCAUGGUUAGUGUGUACGGCAUGCGGGACUCAGUACGCAACAGCAGACCGGCGGGAGUUGAAGACGUGCUUCAUCUGUGAUGACCCACGACAAUUCACCCCUCCCUCGGGCCAGAGCUUCACUACAUUGGACGAUGUCCGCUCAAAUUCUAAGAACGUGUGGACGCCCAUAUGCGGCGAUGAUAGGUUCCUCUCUGUCGUCACCGAGCCAAAAGUGGGCAUCGGACAACGGGCCAUCCUCAUCAAGACCCCCCAAGGAAACGUGCUCUGGGACUGCAUCACCCUCAUUGACUACGAGACCGUCAGUAAGAUCAAGAGCAUGGGCGGCCUCAAAGCCAUCGUCAUCUCUCACCCCCACUACUACACAACGCACGUGGAGUGGGCCCGUGCCUUCAGCUGCCCUGUCUACCUGGCGACCGAAGACCAGCAGUGGACAACGCAGAGCUCGGCGAACCAAAUCUUCUUCAAGGAGACCGAAUUAGACCUGCAGAUCGGCGGCGCCUCGUCCGGGAUCAAGAUUUUGAAACUCGGUGGCCACUUCCCAGGCUCUUGCGUGGCGCUGUAUGAAGGACGGCUCCUCGUCGCCGACACGCUGGUCACCACUCCCUCGGGACUCGGCAGCUGGGAGACGGACGCGGUGGGGAAUACUCGGAACCAACGACCACAAGGAAUGAACAGCUUCUCCUUCAUGUGGAGCAUCCCGAAUAUGAUCCCGCUGCCUCCGCACGAGCUGGAGAAGAUGUGGGAGAUACUCGGGAAGCACGACUUCAGCAGCACGCACGGGGCCUUCCCGCAGAUGGAUAUCGUCAAGACGGUAUCGGAGAUGAAGCGCAGAGUAUUAGAGAGCAUGCAGAUUCAGAUUAGGUACAUGGGACAUGCCGAGCAUGGCUUCUUAAAUGCUACCGUGGACUGAAGCAACACAAAAAAAGAAAAGACAGGAAUCCAUCCAAAUCAUGUUCAAGACAUCCGAAUAACUCAAGCCGUCAUUAUUAAAACGGGUAUCAUCUAAUUUCUUCGUUGAAUGCUUCUUCACUUCUGUACCUACAUGUAUAUAUCUAGACACAAGA